AGGAGCAGGAGCAGCAGCAGCAGAAGCAGCAGCAGCUGUUGGCGGCAGGCGAGCGGGUACCGAGACGCGCUCCCAUUCCAGGCACCCGCGACCAUCACGUCCGUUGCUCCGAGAGCGAAGAAGGGAAGGCCGGCCCCGCGCCCUCUUCCUCCGAAGUCCCGAGCGCGGCUACAACGGGAACCAGCGCGAUGCCGUGGAAGAGCCUCGCCGUCUUCGUCGCCCUGGUGGGGACCUCCUUGGCGCUCCAGGAGGCGGAGCCUAAAAAGAGCCAAGAGAGACACAUCCGGAGCCUGGAUAAAUUUGAAGAGCCGAUGAGUAAAUCCAAAAUUUGUGCCAAUGUUUUUUGUGGGGCUGGCCGGGAGUGUGCAGUGACAGAGAAGACUGAGCCAACGUGUCUUUGCAUUGAGAAAUGUAAACCCCACAAGAGGCCAGUUUGUGGCAGCAAUGGCAAGACAUACCUAAACCAUUGUGAGUUGCAUCGUGAUGCUUGCCUUACUGGCUCCAAAAUCCAGGUGGACUAUGAUGGCCAUUGCAAAGAGAAGAAGUCCAAGAAUUCAGUUGCAAGUCCAGUUGUCUGCUAUCAGACCGACCGAGAUGAACUCCGUCGUCGUGUCAUCCAUUGGCUUGAAACUGAGAUCAUUCCUGAUGGUUGGUUCUCCAAAGGCAGCAACUACACAGAAAUCUUAGACAAAUACUUCAAGAAUUUUGAUGAUGGAGAUUCUCGCCUGGACUCCAAUGAGUUCUUGAAAUUUGUGGAACAAAAUGAGACAGCUGUCAACAUUACCACCUAUGUGAAUCAAGAGACCAACAAGCUGCUCAGGGGACUCUGCGUGGACGCCCUCAUUGAACUCUCUGAUGAAAAUGCUGACUGGAAACUUAGCUUUAAUGAAUUCUUGAAGUGUCUCAAUCCAGCCUUCAAUCCACCAGAAAAAAAAUGUGCCUUGGAAGACGAAACCUAUGAGGAUGGAGCAGAGACCCAGGUGGAGUGUAACCGCUGUGUCUGUGCCUGUGGGAACUGGGUGUGUACUGCCAUGACCUGUGAGGAUAAGAACCAGAAAGUACCUUCUCAGGGGCAGCAGACUGAAGAUAACCUGACUGAAGAAGAGCUGGCCAGAUAUGUUCAGGAGCUGCAAAAGCAUCAGGAGACAUCUGAGAAAGUCAAGCAAAUAGCCACCAAAGAGAUGUAAGAAGAACUUACAAGCGAAGAUGUCCAGAUGGCAGGGUGUGUUGCCCAGCAGUCACCCAACAGUCUUCCUUCAGUGCUGAUUUCAAUAUGCAAAUAUGUUUAGGACUUAUUGUUCAGUCACAGAUAUUUACAUUGUGUAGCAAUGGGAGGGGGACCAAAAAAAAGAUGUUGUGGGGCGGGGCGGGGGGGGGGGUAAGUUCAAAGAAAUCCUCUCUGUAUUAUGGUUUCUACAGUGAGGAUAAGAAGCUGCACUGGUGGGGAUUAGUGAGGACAGCAAACCAUUCCAAGUCUGGAGUUCUUGGCACUCAGGGGGAAGGAUCACUGGUACCUGCAAUCAUGGCCUCUGUGGGAGUUUGUGCUGAUAGGGGAGUCCUGCCCAAUGAAUAGCUUGCCUUUAGGUAAUCUCCCCGACAGCCUAAAAGGAAUUUUUCAGAACUCCUGCCAUCACAGGAGGAACAUGGGAAGUGUGCCUAUGGCUAAGCAUCUAUUCCAUGCUAAAUCACCAUGCUAAAUCACGAUGCUUCAUGACAUCCUGUCUUGAUAUCUGGCCUUUCUGUUUUCACAUGCAGACCCUGUUCAGAUGACACGUUAAGCCACGUUGGUUAAGCAUUUUGAGCUAAACAUUCUAGCUUAGCAUGUCAUGUAAACCGUGACUUAGUGUGUUGUGUGAACCAUUCCUAACCAUGGCGGCUUCAUACCCACAGUUAAAACCUGCUCAGUAACCAUUUUCUGCAAAAGGGUUAGAGGCCUAAUCAAGGCUUAGCAUGCGGUCUGAACAGGCCCACAGACAAUUUAUCUUAGUUCCUGUUGAACCUCUGGUCCAAUUGUGCAUGUGGGUGAGAGUUCCUAGUGAAUACAGACCAUACUGCCUCUCCCUGCCAGAAACCAAAUAGUCCCAUUGCAUUGCAAGUUCUAAAGUGACCUCAUUUUCUUUCCCCCUCUCUUUGCAUAGGUGCUACAAUAUAUUUUAUCACACUCAUACACUGUCUUUUUAAUUAAUGACUUUUAACUGAGCUUUUUGUAUCUUUGAUUUAUAGUUAUUGUUUAUAGUUACUGAAAAAUGCUUUACUUCUGGGUUCAUGCUUUAUAUUAUAGUUGCAUGUAUCAAAGAAGUAAAAUCAAUGAGCACCUAGGAGACCCAGAGCAUUAGGGGCCAUUCUGGAUUUGAUAUUUCAGCAUCCCUUAUAUGGCAAAGAACCAUGGUUUAUGUAUGAAUAGAGCAGAACAGAGUUCAGAGUAAACUGCAUACUCCCUCUCACAAGAUUAUUUCUUCAAGGGAGGGAUUCCUGUCCAGUUUUACAGGAAUCAAGUCAGUCCUUUAAAUUAAAUAGAAGGAAACAGAAAUGUUAGCAAAAAGCCUUAUUCACCAUGGUUAAAGCUGUGGUUUAAGGUGUCUUCUGAACAGGCCCAGUAAGUUCUUCCCAUGCAGUUGAGAGGAUAGAUUAACUUGUCUUUCCUUUGUAUUCUGGGAGCAAUUCUGGAUACUGCAACCACUAAAAUGUCUAAACUCCUGGUGCUUCUAACUGUGGCACUGUUACUGUAAAUUCCAAAGAAAAGCUUGCAGAGUUGGGAUUUGCAAGCAAGGUGCUGAUCCAAAGCUUUUUGACACCGCGUUCUCCUUACAAUGAAACAAUAGAACAAGCCCCUAAGUAAGGAAAAGUGAGUGUGUAAGCCCAUAACCACAUUGCAUAUCUUGUUGUAAGAUAGAGGCUGUCUCAUAUUAUUUAGGAAUUUUGGCAAUAAAAUCAGAAAACACAGCCUCCUCACAUUGGUAUAAUAAACAUCAAAGACA